CUGCGGCAGUUUGUCGUGAGAUUCGGUCGGUCGUGCACAAGAAAUCAGGCGUUCUGUGGUUCUGUGGUUCGCUGCACGUUUCGAAAGUCGCUUCGUUCGCGCGCGCUCUCGCUUCGUUCUGCCAGCGUGGCACUAACAACGCACUUACGCGGUCGGAUCGUGGAACAGUUUGAUCAAGGAUCGAAUUUUAAAGUUUGCAUUUUUUUAAAUAUACGCACGCACGCACGCAGGCUUUCACCAUCAGCAGGCUACAGAGCGUCAGCAAAUGGACACCGUUUAAUAAUACAGUGUGGCAAAUUGCUCACCGGGCCGGCCAUCAUGUGGCAGCUGCUGCCAGAAACGUAAUCGGAAAGUCAAUGUUCACCGCAAAUCCUCAUGCCCACCUGCACCCUGCGUUUGCAGGGACGCUACCGAAGCUGGAGGGAUAGUGACUGCACCUUCGGUUCGUUUUGUUGUGAUGCAGCUUUGCAGCAUCAAGCGCUUUGCCAAGGAUAACUCGCUCAAGUGCAUCGAAUGGUUCGUGGUUUAGUGUUGGCGUGAAGGAAAGUGAAAAUUGAAUGUGAUUAUUGAAAGCAAUUUUCUGAAUUUACCCGAGUGUUGAAAGUUAGUUGAUAUGGGCAAGCUGUUUGGCUAUCAUCUCGUGCGGUGCGUAUGAGUGUGCUAUAUGAUGCGCGAAGCGUUGGUAUGGCGUUUUUUAAAGUAAUUAUUUUACCACUUUUUGUACAACUCCCGCGGGCAUGCACAGUUUUCAAACAUUUUAAAUAAAAGCCAAAUUAAUAGCUGCUUUAUCCAAGACAAGGGCGCAGUUUGUGCAGUGUUUUGUUGGUAUAAAUAAUGCCACAGUUGUUGCAGUGAAAAUUGCACACCGUUGCGUCCACGUGUGCGUGUUGCGAUUGCGAUUUCGAGUGUUUCGUUGUUUGGUGUUCCGUUGCAAAGUGUCCCUAAGUAAAACACAUACUCCCGCGUGUCCGCGAUGCGUGCGUCCAAAUGUGCGUGAGUGGUGGAAAGUUGCGACAAAUCGUUUCGUAGUGUGCGGUCGGGCGCGUUAGGCUUAGUUCGUUUUUCGGGUCGCGAAAGUUUCCGUUUAUUUCCGGUACACUCGCGUCGGUACGUGAAGUUUUAGAGGAUUUCGUACAGCUAUUAUACCGCUCGCAUUACUGUACGUCGGCAAAGGAAGUGACAAAACCAGUGUUACCGUGGGGUUUUUAAACGACUCUUAGGCAGCAGCAUCAGCUCCCCGGGCUUCCUGUGCGCUCCCGUAUCCGAUGGGAAUUAAUUUAAAAUUCAUGCCACCAGCAACCGGAGCCUCAAAGGACGACCUCGUGCGGCCGGAGGUGUCGUGGUGUCGUCGAGGUGUUAAUGAGCUGCGGCAGGGUGAGUUCCCUGCACCACACCGGGAAACACACGCACAAACAGCAACCGUUUUAGGCACAUCCGCGGAACUGGAAUGUAGCAUGUAGACGGCGGAUCGCAUCAAUGUAACCAAACCCCAACACAACACAAAAGUCUGAGCAAAAGCUAGUGACGUAACCGAAACAUAUCAAUUGCUGUGAAGCGACGCAUCCUGCAUCAAAUCAUAUCAUUACGUAGCAACAUAUCGUGAUCCGCGUGUCGGGUGUGUAAGGUUUAAGUGGUUCCGUGUAAAGGCGCCGUACGCAGGCACAAGUACUGCAUCCGUGUGUUUGCAUCGUCGGAGACAAGUGAGUCGUCCCGAUACCUUCCUCUACGCAGUUAGAUACGACGCACCAUUGCCGGAAACAGCCAGCCAAAGGAAGGCAGCCCCUUUUUGAGAGGGAUGUUAAAACAAAGGUAAACUUCACGGUGCCCACCGACGCAAAGUGUAUCCAUAAGGGGCACUGUGUUAGACCGUGGCAGCCCCUUCAAAGAUCAAUGCGCUGAGGGCGCUCGUGAAUGACGGCUGAAGUACGACGCACUUGUACGGCGGAGUGGUACAGGUUUUGGAGCCUACAUUGUGAUUGUUUUGUAGUGAGUAUUUCGUGUGCGUGUAUGUGUGUAUAUGUGUUUUUGUGUGUGUAUGAGCUCGUGUGUGAGGCCAGAAGCUUUUUGUAAAGCUGCAGCUAUUUGAAGAGUGGUGCCAAGUGAGGAUAGCCAACUUCAAGGUGAAUGUAGCCUGUCGAGUGCGAUACUUUUGAUUUUGCUGCUCAAUCGAUCGUCUUUUGCGGAAAUUGGCUCUGUAACGCUGAUCUGAUAGGUGGCGAAGCAUUGUAAGCCCCGGGGAAGCCGACCGCCAACGUCAACUAAGAAAGGACGCAAAAAGGGGGUUUCCAGUGCGAGUGACGGCGGACGGUAGUGGAGACGGGGCGGGAGAAAUUAAUUUCACAUUCAGUCGGCCCCUCUCUCAUUUACGCUUCACCGACACGGCCGACAGCCAGACGGUUACUGCAGACGAAGAGCCACAAUAUACGCGCCAUAUAAACACGGACGGAGGACGAUAAACAGAUACAAAAAACAAAAACAACAACAACAAAAACACUCCAUCUCCAAGGAUAACGCCUUUCACGUCGCCGGCACACGAGCACGGCGCACAAACAGUAACGAAAACAUAUCAUCAUGUUAGUGACACUGCUGAGAAUUUUCCUCAUCGUUUCCAUUCUCGGAUCGAAUAUUAAGACUGCAAUAGCUAUUUUAAAUUGUAUAUUAGCACGACAGCUGUGCUUCGAGGACCCGUCAUGUUCAGCGAUUCUCGAGAUUAUACCGCGCGUCUGUGGCCCAGUACCGGUUGCCUGCAGCACCGUUACCGUAACGAAAUGUCAGGCCGCCCUCCGGACGCUGCAGGCGUUUCCCUUUUUCCGGCCCACCUGCCUGUGCAAGGAGCCGGGCAUCGAUCCGGACUGUAAUUAUUUUCGGGACUUCCUGUUCGAUCAUCCCUGCGGUUUCGUCUCGAAGAAAGAAAAAGAUCCUUACCCGGUGGAUGCAUUACCAACGUGCAAUCAUGCACUAUCCGUCUGUCAGCAGGAGCGAAAGUGUAUAAAAUUAUUCGAAGAUUUUAAGCUACACUGUAAAGUGCGGGAAAACAAGUGCCGCAUGGAAGAUAGGGAUUUGUGCUACGAGGCGUGGACUAAUCUGCGAUUAUCGCCGAUGUUCGGCUGCAUCUGCCCGAAUAAUCACAUGAAGCGCAGAUGUGAUAAAAUAUUUAGCGUUGUUAACCAUAAUCCUUGCGUCGAUGUGCUUCCCUCCGCACUAGACAUAUCUUCCGGCACUGCCACCAACUCCAUCUAUCCGAACUUCUUUCCCUCCGAUAUCAUUGAAGAUCCACCACCCACCAGCACGUAUCCGUACUUUCUGUUUCCCUCCAAGAAGUAUCCACCGUCGGCAUUUGGGUCCGCCAUUUACCACGCCACCGUCGACUACAUUAACCUUCCCGAUGGGCCGGGCACGGGCACGACCAACGGCUCCAGCCCUGACACAGAUCAAUCCUCCUCCUCUUCCUCAUCCUCCUCCCCUGGCCACCCACGGCAGCACUCGGGAACCGAGCACAGCUAUCGCACUAGAUACGAGCACAAUUUUGACACCAGCAUGCACCACACCAAGCACCAAAGUCCCACUCACAGUAGCGGUAAUAAUGCACCGAUCGCACCGCCCUGGCCCGAUCAGCACCAGCACCAGCAGCAGCCGCAUCAGCACCCGUACUGGCACGGUGGCGAGAACGGUACCGCCGACACUGCCGGUCACGUUGGUACGGGACGAUGGGACAGCAUGUCGGUCCCAUCUGACCUCCAGCAGCAGCCGGAGACUGUCGGAUCGGACGACAUAGAGGAAAAGGAGGCGGAAAUGAGUUUUAUUCACUUCCAAAGUACCUGCCAUCUGGCGCUCGACUCGUGUCGCGACGAUCAGGUCUGCUCGUCCGCCCUGAAGACGGUGCUGAUGCACUGCGAUCAGCAUCGGUGCAACCGGAAUGCCUGCAUGGAGUCGCUGCAAAGCUUCUACAAAAGCAUCCACGACGAUCUCAGCCUCGACAUUGCCUUCUGCCUGUGCAGAAAAACGCCAAACCGGCACGACAGCUGCAUGAUCGCGCAGGAAAAGCUGCAUCCCGUGUGCGCCCAGCGACCGCCGGAAAGCCUCAGCCAGCAGCAGUCUUCAUCGACCGGUAACGGCAUCGCGUACAAUGCGCCGCCAGCGUGCCACGCGGUCGCGGAGCUAUGCCGCGAGGAUGAAGACUGCCGCGCCCGGCUGGAGGUGUUCGAGCAGUCCUGUGCGGUGGACAGUGUGACCAAGAAGUGUGCCGGAAAGACAAGCGCUUGCAGGCAGGCUAUGCUUGGCAUUCUGGGCACACCGCUCAGGACGACCUGCGCCUGCCAGGGCUCGGACAUGCAGCAGCUGUACGACUGUCUAGGCUGGCAGCGGCUGCUCUGGCUCAACCCCUGUGUCGUCGAGUCGCAGAAAGAUUUUCACCUGAAGCGGCUGGCCGAGCUUGGGUUGCUGACAACUACGACGACGAUGGCAACUACCACCACAACCAUGACUACAACUACCACCAUGCGAAGCACCCGUAUCACCCAUCCACCAACGCUCCCUCCAACCAAACCAAAGCCAGUGUAUCGACCAAAACCUACGGAAAUGCACACGAUCGAGACGAACUACGUCGAAACACCUGACACGCGUCCGGAAACGUUGGUACAUAACCAAAAUGGGCUAAUCGAGCGAACGGAUCUCGAUCGGGGACAUUCACCGCCACAGCCGGACGAGUACGAUCGAUCAACAGGCACACGGCACCAGCCGGUCGAUAGCGACAGUGAGGAUGAUGAUAUGGUGGGACGCUACGACAAGGGCAUCUAUCAGCGGCCCGACGAACAGGUGCUUCACGUGGCCAGUACGGAGGUGCAGGAGCUGGAAACCUUUCCACCCACUACCGUUACAACAACCACAACCGAACCGACAACAACGCCGGUUCCAAUCAGAUACUGCGUGGUGCAAAGAUCUCACCAGCCCGAUCAACUGAUCGCGGAAGGGAAAAGUCGUCGGCUCUACAUUCUCGAUGAUGCCGAAUGUAGCGAGCUAUGUACGUGCGGCGGCGGCGACUCGCUCGCCCUAACCUGUCAUGCGCUGUGCGUUCCACUAGCUCCCUGCCGGACGGCCCUUGCGUACUACAGCCAUGCCGCUCCAGCAUACCAAGCGUUCCGUGGCCGAUGCCUCUGCUAUUCGGGACGGUUCAUCUGCAUGAGGCCACCUCCGGGAGAGUACCAGCUUCCGGGUGGCAUAUUUCUCUUACUAGGUUAUAGUUCAACCGACGAAGCACUGUUAAGACCGCACACUAACUUAGGAGUACAGGACGCCGUACGUGCCCUACAGCAAUACGUCCUGCAGCAUAUCGAUAAUUCGACCCACUGUACAUUAACACUGUUCAACAUCACCGAAGAGAACAUCAUUCUUUCGAUCAGGCUACCGCUCGAUCCCAAGCUCACACCGAUGCAGUUGUUGAAGAUGGAGAAGGACCAGUGCACCAGGAUACUGGAAACGAUCAGCCACCAGAUCAACACACAGUACGUCGAGCUGUCCGCCCAUCGUUUGCUCAGCAUCUUCAAGAUGGCGGAGGUACAGAUCGUGUGGCCCGAGGUCAGUUACGCCCGGCGAAACACCACACCCCCGCCGGUGGUUAGCUUGAUCGCAGCCCUAGUGACGGUGCUGCUUACCGUCUGCGGCACGCUACUACCACCCUUCGUCCGGUGGAACCAGCGGAACCAUCAACGAAGGAUAGCAGCAUCUCCAUCAGUUACGUGACGAUCGACAAUACCGAUCUAAAGUGGGAAGGAAGGAAGCGUAGGGCACAUGCACAAAACCUCCCAUCCCUUUGUCCACUGUCCUCAUAUUGACGGUGUGAAACGCAAUGGGGUCCGAGUACGACAACCGUGCGCAAGUACGCGAAAAGCUAGUAGGACUGUGUUAGUUGUAAUAUAGUAGGAUACUUUCGCCCCGUGACGGUUAUUUACUGUACGAUUUUAAGUUACAGCGCCCAUCCGAUCGGAUGAUGCGUGAUUGAACGGACAUCGUUUUACUCAACCUCAUUAUCAAUGCCAUUCAACACACACCCACACACCCUCACCAACACACGCUCCCGAAGGUGCUAAUACUCAUGCUUUCACUAUGGCUUCGAUUACUAUUACCACAAUUACUACUACCACUAAUACUAUACUGCUACUACUGUUAACAAACUACACAUACUCUUAUCACCCUCAUCCCACGUUGCUAUCUCGUUUUUAUGGUUAUCAUUAACUUCUAGAAGAAAUAAAAAGAAAACCCCAAAGAAGUACUACCUACUACUUCGCUCUACCACACACCAGUGUCACCAUACUGACACCGACUGACGUGAUCGUGCUAUUGUUGUAGAUGAUUCCUUGCUCAGUUCUUUCGUACCGACCGAGUUCUACUGUGCAGAGUAUGAAAGCAAGAUGGCGUGAGAUUGAAACCUUUCAAUCUACUUGUCAUACAAACUUGGGUUAGUGUGUGUAUGUGUGUGUGUGAGCAUGAAAAUUAAUAAGCAACCAGCCCAGUAGCUGGUGCGAUCGAGAGUGAACCGCUGUGUGCAAUGGUACGUUGUUUGGUGAGCGUGAACGGGUGCACUACCAUCGGGUGGCUGAAUGGACGAGCUUAAAGUGCUUUAAUUUUGGUUGGAAAAUUCCUUUCACCAGUGAAACUGAAGCACAAACUAGCACUGGAUGCUGAUUAGUGCAUGUCGAUCGUCGUUAGCUCAUGUGUGUAUGUAAGUGUGUGUGUGUGCUUGUAUAUUUGUGCUUUAUUGAAGAAAUAUAAGUUGUGUGGGAAGACCAGUGAUUUGAAGGUAGGAAAUGAUCGGUUUUAUGUUGGAGUUUUCUUUAUUGAAUCAUGCAAAACAAAGAAAUACUUCCAAUUUUUCAAAACACGAUGAUUCAAACUACGAUGCGUAUGCUUUGUUGAAAAGAUAUGUGUGGAUACUUUUUUAUAUAUUUUAAGGUUUUUUUCACUUAAUAAACACUCCUUGUUUCAUCAUUCUAUAAUAUACAAACAUUGAACAGUCAACCAUUUUUGUAUAAUUUGAUUUACAUGGAAGCCUUCAAUCUAUUAACGUACCCUACAAAUACUUUAUAGCACUUUCAUUUCACCCAAACGCGUCGUAAUCCAACCAAAGGUGAAAUUAAUUUCACGAUUUUUUUUGUACGGUUUUAUUAGAAGCUGCAUAUUCAGGUACUUUAAUACUUGUGACGCUUUUUUACCAUCCUUGCAUUGCCAUUGCUUGCUAAAAUUACUCUUCGCAAAAUACAUUUCAACCUCAGCAUUAAAUCUGGCACCGUCGUCCGUCCGGUGCAUUCUCAACAAACAAAUCUAUCCCUCAACCCCGAUGCACGAACCUGCCCAAAACUAAGCGGGCAUAGAAUUGUCCUGUGCUACUGGGCGAACACGCGAAACCGGCAGCACACAAAACCGGGAAGCAAAUCGCUCUGCAUUCAUCGAAUCAUUUAC